CGUCGCCCUGUCGUACUUCUUUGCACAUGCGAAGAGUCGUCAAUGUUUAUUUCUCCUUGAUGGACACUCAGCAUGGUCAGGAUCAUAGAAAAAUAUAAGUGAAGCGAACGAAUGUGAUAAUCCAAAGGAUUUCUUCGAGUCCUCAACAUUGAACCGCAAUCGAAAUAGCACCGCUUCCUCUCCGUGUCCGACCGGAAAAUGCACCGCUCGAGUAUUCAUGUUCCUGCUCCGAUCUGCUAGGUAGGUAAAUAGUCACAAGCCAGGUCUGGGCCAGGACCUCGGCUUUAGUGGGCCAAAAUGAACAUGGCGACUUGUUUUGAACGCCUAAAUACCAACUGCAACCACUUAGUCAUGUUGGGUCUCAUGAUCAGGCCCGAAAAUUCCCAUUAGAAAGGAUCCAUGACUGCGUUGGGUUUCCGGCUGUUGUCGUGACCGUUGUGCCACAGCAACGUGGCCUGGCCAGCGUCGUUGACAUGUCGUCGAAGCGUCAGCAGUGCUGAUACUCGUCUCAAAGCUUACGAUGGUGGUGCCGUGUACGAUGCAGUGUACGAUAUUGUGGUUGUUAGCUCUGGCUGUUCAGGAUUAGCCACCGCUGUGACAGCUGCGAAACACGGGCUCAAGGUUUUGGUGCUGGAAAAGACUCGCUAUUUUGGAGGCACGACAGCCUACUCUGGAGGGGGAGCAUGGAUCCCGAAUAACCACCAUCAACCGUCUAUCGGCAUCAAAGAUUCAUCUCCCCAGGCCGACACCUAUCUCCAACAGGUAUUGGGCGAUCUCUACGACAAGGAGAAGAUUCAAACGUAUAUCAACUCGGCGCCACAGAUGGCAAAGUGGAUGGAGGCAAAUUCCCAUGUUCGUUUCAAGCCGGUGCCGCUGCCAGAUUAUCAUGUCUCAAAGAAAGGCGCCUCGGUUGGACGCACUCUGCUCACCAAGGAGUUCGACGGCCGCAAGCUACGUCGCCUGGUCAAGGACGUACGAUAUCCUAUCCAAGGGUCUUCGGCAUUUGGCACAAUGCAAGCCGACCCGGCUGAUGUGUCGAUCCUCACCAAUCCCUUCAAGAGCUUCGCCAACCUAUCCUUUGCCACAAGGAAGGUACUACGGUAUCUCUCUGACCUGGCCAUAUACGGCAAAGGGACGGCAAUGGCAAAUGGCAACGCUCUGGUGGGCCAACUUCUGUACUCGGCGCAAUUGCAAGGUGUGCAGAUGUGGAAUCAUGCAAGUGCGGUCAAGACGGUGCAAGAUCAAGGCAAGGUUAUUGGGCUGGAUCUUGUCAAGGAGGGCAAGAACAUUACCGUCCAAGCUCGCAAGGGCCUAUGAUCGAGGUGAUCAUGAGACGAAAUUUGCACUUCAAAUGCCGGAUCGCUGGAGGUUGUGAUCCACCUCCCAAGCUCUUUGCCCAACCCCAAAUCGUCUCCUGGCAAGAUGAUAGUAUCGACUUUGUCCGAACUCUGUUGCAUCCACGACUUACCAGCCGAGGACGAACCCACCUUGAUUGAGGGAGGAAGAGGAACUCGGUAAAGUCUGUUGCAGCACAUGGAGCGCAACGUGCGGUGGCUUAUUACCGGUCCCAACAGGCAACCCAGACGGAGGACGACGUGGGCGACUAAGUAAGCAUAUGACGCGUUCGAGGCUCCCUGACUACACACAAGCAAGCCUACCAUACAGCCGAGCUGGCAAUACAUGCCCCAGGACUUCCUUGGAAGUGAACGGUCCGCGCAGCAAGAAAUGCUGAUAGACGAUCGUGGUACUGCAAGAUAACUGUGCUCUUCAUCGUACCAUUCGUUGAUUCCGGCUCAAUUUCGCCCCUCAUCUCGGAAGCUAGCUGCCAAGAGUUGGGAAAGCUGCUUGCUGCUCAAACCGCUUUGGGAUGAGGCUGUGGCCGCCCUGUGGUUGGGUGGGGGAAAGCGUGGAGGGUUUAUCUCGUCAACGUCUUGCUGCUCUAGCAGCAUUCUGCCAUGAUAUACGGAAGACUCCUAACGGUGUAUGUUGUCAACCAAUCCUGGUCGCGCUAUAUGGUGUUUGGCCUUCAUUCCUAUGCUUCCCUGACGCCGUUAACUUCUUAAAAGAGAUUUCGCAUCGAGUGGGUGGACGUAAGUGCUAGUUAAUGUAUUGCUACCUGAAAAUUCCGAAAAUGGGACAAUGUCAAUAAGUGGUUGUUCGGCCCCUGCCUCACGAUGAUGAACCUUGCCCAGAGCCAGGAUGUAUAUAGCCUAGGUAACCUUAUAACUCACACAAUCUAAUACCUAUUGCCCAC